AUGAAGUUCUCCAACCUUGCCCUGCCCCUGCUGGCGUCUUGCGCCGUGGCCCAGAACUCCACCAAUCCUAACUCCAACACCACCAUCAUUGUCACCAACGAUGACUCGUGGGCCUCCGCCAACAUCCGAUCUCUCUACUCUGAGCUCAAGAAGGAGGGUUACAAUGUGUUCAUGUUUGCUCCUGCUGUCCAGCAGAGUGGAACUGGAGGUACCUUCAACCUUCCCCGAGCCGCCAACCUCACCAAGGGCGGAGAGUUCGGCUCCAUUCCCGUAGGAGCUCCCAACUGGGGCCAGGACGACAACGACGACCACAUCUGGUACUUUGACGGCACUCCGGCAGCUGCCAUGAGCUUCGGCCUCGACUACGCCAUCCCCCGUCUUUUCAACAACGCUACUGUCGAUCUGGUGGUGUCUGGACCCAACGAGGGCUGGAACAUUGGCCCCAACAUCUACACCAUGUCCGGAACCAACGGUGCCAUGUACAUGGCUGUUCUGCGAGGAAUUCCUGCCAUUGCUUACAGUGGAAUGAACAGCCACCAGUACUAUGCCAACGCCUCCACCUCCGAUAACGCGGCCCACAACAUCUACGCCAAGGCCGCCACCGGUAUUGUCAACAACCUGGUCAAGAACGCCAAGGACCGAGCCACUCUACUUCCUUACGGAGUUGGUCUGUCUGUCAACCUCCCCCGAGCUGGUGACGUUGAUCCCACCGGACAGUGCAAGGAGAUCAAGCCAAUUUUCACCCGACAGACUGGCCCCGCCGCCAUUGUGCUCAAGCUGUCUUACAACGAGACCACCAACCGAUUCUCUCCCGGAAUCACCAACUCCGAGGCCUCCAAGGCUUGUCUUAACGGAGAUUGUAUUCUUCCCGAUGAGUCUGAUGUCGUUGCCAACUGGGGAUGCUACGCUUCCGUUUCUGUCAUCACCACCGACUACGACGCUCCUCGAGACGUUGCUGGAGAGGUGCAGUUCCUUAACCGAGGAGAGGUCAAGUUUGCCCCUCGAGUUUACGGCUCCUUUGCUCCUGUUGAGGCCUCUCCUUACUUUUAA